AUGUGUCUGGCAUGCGAUCUAAAGAGAAUUACCAUUUUUCUAAGUAAAAUUUUAACUUGUCUAAUAAAAAAAUUUCUUUUUAGGGAGUUUGUGGAAAAAUUUUAUCCCAGCCUUAAAAAGAACAAUCCAGAUUUGCCUAUUCUAAUACGUGAAUGUUCAGGAAUUCAACCACGUUUAUGGGCACGAUUUGCUUUAGGUAAAGAGACGUCUGUUCCAUUGACGAACCAAUCAGCACCGGAAAUACAAAAGCAGUUGGAAGCUGUAACAAAGACUUAAAGUCAUCAAGAAGGGCAUCAGAUUAAAAAUAGAGACUAUUUCAGACGAAUAAAAUAUACUUAAAUGUAUGCAUAAUUCAUUA